GCUAUGAGCGGAUACGUCGGGGACCUGAAUGAAAAGCAAGAACAGGGCUUGAAGGAGCUCAAGUGCCGUCUUUCCGACAUCUGGAAGGAUGAGUUUACGGAUCCAUUGCUCCUUCGGUGGCUAAGAGCUCGGGAGUUUGAUGUCGCCAAGGCAGAGAAACUUCUUAGAGAGAACUCACUUUGGCGAAACAAGAACGGCAUUGACUCCCUGGUAGAGACGUAUGAAUGCCCAGAUGUGUUGAAGCGUUACUUUCCUGGAGGUAUGUGCAACCAUGACAAGGAAGGACGACCUUUAUGGAUUAUGCCUACCGGCAAUGGAGACUUUAAAGGAAUGCUGCAGUGCGUGUCUGUGGAUGCAAUGGUGAAGCACGUUACAUACCAGGUUGAACUAAUCGCGGCAGAGAUGAAAAAGCAAACGGAGAAGUUGGGAAAACUCGUGGACACCUUCACCAUUGUGGUCGACUACGAGAAUUUCAGUCUCAAGCAGAUCUAUUGCCUUCAAGUGAUCGAGGUGACGCGACGUCUACUGGUGCUGUACGAGAACCACUACCCAGAAACGCUUGAGCGAUGUAUAAUCAUCAAUGCUCCAAGCUUCUUUCCGGUGUUCUGGAGGCUCAUCCGGCCCUUUCUGACGGAGAGGACAGGAAAUAAAAUAGAAAUUUUCAGAAGUGAAGGCUGGCAUCCUGUAAUAAUCAAGCACGUGGAUCCACCGCAGUUACCUGUUCAUUGGGGAGGACACCUUCUGGGGCCCAACGGGGAUAAAAGAUGCACCCAUAUGAUUAACCCUGGGGGCGAGGUGCCUAUUGAGCUGUACCUGAAGAACUGUCCAAAAGUGUCGGCGGAUCCUGACGCCAUUCCCUGCUGUUUGGCACGCGGACAAAAGGUUGAAAUCCCCGUGACUGUAGAAGGUGCCGGCACCACAUUGUGCUGGAAGUUCCAGACAAUCCAGGGUCACGACGUGGGCUUCGGUGUGGCGCACAAGCCUAAGGGAAUCGCCAAGACAAAAGAGGUUCUGCAGCUCUCCAGAGUGAAAUGCGAUCAAGUUCCGCAAACCGGACAGCUCCUCUCGGAGCCCGGAACAUAUACAUUUACGUUCGACAACAGCUACAGCUGGUUCACCAAGAAGCAUCUAUUCUACGUCCUAGAAGUAAAGGACUACCACGGACCCUUGAGCCCCACCACCUGAUGUCUCCUCUGCGGUCAUUUUAAGUUGGCAAUAAACUUCUAUCAAAAGCGA